AUGUGGGGCACGCACUGGGACACACAUUUUGAACGGCUGACUUCGGGCUUUGAGCUGUUUCUCAGCUGGGUUUGGGAGUCGAGAUCAUGGUCCCAUGCCCUCGGGCCUAGGUACCACUUCAACCACUGUGACAACAUCAUCAACCACCAGCACAUCCAGCACAAGCACCACCUUCACGAGCACAUCGAGCACUGCCACGACGGCAACGACGACAAGCUCAACAGCAGCCCAGCUGCACGGGCAACGCCCACCUUGCCAAGAGUGGAUUUCGUGGUUCCAUGGACGAACUUGCAGGCCGUCUCUACACAAGUGGGUGGCGAGCUUGGGGACUACUCGGCAACGGUGUCCGGAAUCGAAGGUUGCAACCCGCCAGAGAGCUGCGGCUGGAGGCUGGCUCUUGUCGAAUCGAAGCCUCCAUCCCGGAUUGUCGCAAUCCUCUCGACCGCGUUGGAGACGAACCCGAACAGCCCGGGUGAGCUGACUUUGCGGUCCUCCGAGUUCCGCGGUGGCGACAUGGUCAAAGGCACGACGUAUGAGAUUGCCCUGCUUCAGCUUGGCACGCCGGCGGAAAUGGAUGCAUUCCAGCUGCAACCCGCAGCCGACCUGGCGCAGGCUGAGCUUGAAGGCGUGAAGAUGGCGUACUCAAACGAGUUCGUCGCAGAUGCUCCCCCUCUUUCGGGGACGGUGACUUCAAGCCCCCUUUUUGGGACGGCCGUCACGACGUCCUUCUCUGCCUCGACAGCUGGCUGGGUGGACGAGGACCUCGGACGCCUGACUUAUGCCUUCUACACCUUUCCGCUGGCACAGAACCUGUCCAAGACGCCGGAUGGAGGUCUCCAGGUGGACGGAGUCUUCGAGCCCCCUGUCGUGGACUGGCGGGACAGCACGAGCCCUGUCCACUGGUCCAAGCUUGGCGGAACCUUUCAGAUCAACGUCUCCGAGCCCAAUGCAAGCUGGCAGGUCUCGAUGGCCGCUGGCAACUACUUCACGGCCGUGGUGGUCCGGGAUCCACUAGGAGCCCUCUCUGCAGCUUUCUCUCCGGGACCGCUGGUGGAAGUCCCACAAGGCGGGCUGACGGCGGAGGCUCAGGCGGCCGCCAUUGACGAUGCCGUGGCCAGCGGAGACGCGGGCGUGAUCAUGGGCAUGCUGGAUGCGCUGGGGUCGGUGCCUAUCGCUGCGAACUCCACGGAGGAGCUGGCGGCGGCCAAGAAGGAGGCGCAGACCCAGAAGCUGGAGGCGCUGAAGUUGGCCUCCACUGUCGUGAACACAGAUGCUGGGAGCUUGCAGAGAUUCGGUGGGGUGCUCAACGAGGUCCUGUCCUCCGGAAGCGAGUCCGGGACGGCGGAUGUGGAGGCGGCGGCCCAGGCCUCCCAGGCUCUGACGAGCGUCCUGGAUGCGGCCAUCAGUGCCGAAGGAGUGGACGCUGCUGCAGGCAGUGCACUGCUUGGCAGCAUCGCGGCGGUUGGCAGCAGUUACUCUGCGGCCUCGUCAGAACUGGAUGAGACUUCAUCCACCGUGCGUGCGGCGGAGCUGGCUGUGAUGACGUCGAAGCUGGGAAAUGCGGCCCUUGCCACGACUCCCGUGGGUGGCUCCACCACGCUGAGCUCUGUGGAUGAAAGCGGCAAGGGCCUGGAAGUCAAAGUGCAGAAGGAGAGCGUCGCCACCGCACAGGAAAACGGCGUCGGCGGCGACGGGCUGCAGAUCCCUCCUGCUGCUGUUGGAAGCUUUGCUGGCCGACGUCUUCAAAGUAGCAAUGAUAGCACCUGUCAAACGCUGGCUGUCCAGCAGACAGACUGGGUCCUGAGCAAUCCAUACAGCUACCUGAAUACCAGCUUGGGCAUCAACAAGUACGUCCUCGCCAAUGCAACCGUGAAAGUUCUCGAGGUCAAAGCGUGUGACAAUAUCGUCGUGCAGCAGGAUCUAGACCCGCCAGUGGAACUGACACUUGCACUGCCCCCUUUGCCUUUGAUCCCGGCACCCACGGGCUUCGCUUAUGAGCCCAUCUGUGCUCGGCUGGGCACUUCGGAGCAGGACCCGGACUGGUCGAUGGACGUUACAUCCUGGGUCAUACCAACCAGCUACGGAGCUACAUCCAUCAAGUGCGAGGCCACCACAGCAGGCGGCGCAUACGUGGGUGUCUACGUGCCAGUUCCGCUGGCGCCCACGACGACCAGCUCGACUCGCACGGUAUCCAUGACAUCAUCCACAACCUUCACCAGCACGACUACCACAGUCGUGCCCUCUGAUGUUGGGAUGAUGAUCGGAACAACUGUUGCUUCCAUUGCCUUCGUCGUCGUCCUCGGCCUGUGUGUCUGGCAGGUGCGUGCCGGCAACGUGAAAGUGGCGGUUCCAACAGUUGACGCGAAGGCGACCUGCAAGCGUAUGGCGGACUCGAUGAAGAGCACAGCUCGGGUGGCCAUGGAGCCCUUCGAGAGGAAGGGAGAGCCCAAAGUGGCGUGGGAAUCGCAGCCUGAGGAGGUUCCGGGUCCCUCCACGGAGACAGAGGUGAAGCAGGCCAAGGAGGAUGCCGAGGAGCAUUUCUGGGAUUGGGCCAAGGAUGUGGCGCAGUCCGCGCAGUCCGCGCAGUCCGCGCAGGCCGCGCAGUCCUCUUCAGAUCUCCCAAGAGGCAACUCCUUUGGGCUGGGGCAGGCCAUGGGGAGCAGCGGACCCGCCAUCCCGCGCCCACUCUACCCCACCAAGAAGGCCGAAGAGAAGGAGGAGUAUUUCCAGAGCUUUGCCCAGGAGCUGCGGGACAUCGUUGGGUCUGCAGUGCCCCAUAUGAUCGAGGACUCUCCCACCAGCAUGAACAGCAUCCCAAAGACGCCACCUCCCCCUCCCCCUCCCAAACGCAGCAUGGAUGCGGCUGCCCCACCGCGGCCGCCCCCGAAUCCACCCCCAUGGUCACGUGACCGCGACAAGAAGCCUCCCCUUGCGGUGUCACUUCUUCCGCCCCCGGCGAUUGAGAAUGCUGAGCAAAUCGAGGUGCGUGUCGACCAAGCUUUCUCGGACUGGGCCAGCGACUUCGCGCUGUGCCUUCCACCCAGCCCGACCCAGGCCAAGGCGGCGCCACCCCCACCACCACCGCCUCGGCGGGCCUUGCCAAGCAACCAAAGCAACGGCCUCCCCCUCCCACCCCCAAGGCCCAGAGAGAGGACCAGCGAUCCUCACGACUUAAACCAGGUCUCGCGCCUCCGCAGCGCAGGGAUGGCUUCAGAUGCGGUGGCGCUACAGGCGCCAGCACUUCCGAAGCCCCCGCAGCCACCAGCUGCACCAGCUUUGCCGGCUGCAGACCGACCACAGACGCCCCUGGUGCCUCCGUCCGUGGAUGCCAUGAGACCAGGGUCGCAGCUUGCCAUGCCAGUUCCGAAGCAACUCCCGCUUCAGCUUCCUGCCCGCCCACCAGGCGCAGUUGAUGAUGACGUUAAUGCCGAACAGAGAGGCUCCUCGCAAGGUGAGGAGAGCUCUCCAACGCCCCGCUGA